AUGGUGAAAAGAAGAAAAAGAUCCAAAUAUGCAUCCGAGCAAUCUUCGAGCAUUAAUAAACGCUUCAAGGCUGAAUCGGAACUGCACCAAGAUAAUGUCCAGGACUCAAUUUCUAAGAAUAAUGUUUCGGAGAACUUAUACGGCCGAGAAAAGGAAGUAGCUUUGUUGGAAAAGCUUCUCCGUGAAGGCAUAGUCAAUCAUUGUCCUGCAUCAAUUUUUAUAUCCGGGCCACCAGGCACUGGUAAAACUUUGGCUGUCAAAACAGUUUUGCAGCAUAUGUUGUUACAACACAGGCGAGUCAUACUAUAUGUUCGUUCCACAUAUAUUAACUGUGCUUCGGAAAAUACUAAACGAGAUAUACUAACCGCUGUGUUAAAUGAUUGUAGUAAAUCCAGCAAAAGACUUUCCGCAAAAAAAUUGUUUAUGGAAUUUCACGAAGUGCUUGCGAAAAUGAACAAACAUACUAUUGUUGUGCUUGAUGAAAUAGAUUACGUAAGACCGAAAGAUCGUGAUUCUGUUUGUUCGAUGUUUCAAUGGCCUGUUCUUUAUGAGAAUAUUUCAAUUAUUGGUAUUGCUAAUACAUUAUAUAUGAUGGAACUACUGAAGCAUAAAUUGAAGUCUUUACCAGAACUGAUAGUUUUUGCUCCAUAUACUGAAAGGACUAAUAGCGAUGAGAAUGCGAUUGAACUUUGCGCUCGAAAAGUAGCUGCGGUAACAGGAGAUGCGCGGAAAGCAGUACAGGUUGCACGACGCUCUCUGUCGAUAGAUUUAACUGGAAAAACUUCUUGUCGAAAUAUCUUUGGAACGCUAAGUAGUGUUUAUGGUUCUCCGCUGCUGCAGGCAAAAAUACCAUUACAACAAAAGAUACUUCUGGCAACAGUGAUUCGUCUUGCUGGCGAUAACUCCUGCACUAUGGUUGAAAAAGGUUGUCUGUUGUCAACUUAUAAGAAACUCUGUGAGCGCUUAUUGCUGCCAGCACUUGAAGUGGAUGAAAUACACGAGGCAUUAUCGUUGCUUGAAUCACAAUCGAUUUUAAAGCAAAAAUCUUCCUCAUAUCAAUUGCUCGUUGACAAAGCAGCGGCUGCAAAGAUGAUCGCUGAUUCUUCAUUGCUUUCACAGAUUAAUAUAGUACGUUUAGAUGAGAAAAUGCGCCCACUGUCUGAUGAAGAAGCAGAAACGGUUUUUAGAAAAUUAGCGCAUUACAUUGGCGAUCAUGAUCGAGUAUAUUACUGCACCGAAAAACUAAUGCGGAAGGCAGCUUGUGUAUCACGAGAGCCAUUGCUCAGCUUUGGUACAUGCCUUGGCAAAUUUACGAAAACGAAGAAAUUCCGAAUGCAUAUCACUGCGCUCGAUUAUAUAGCACCUUACGCUAAAUGUAAAAUAUGGGUGAAACCAAGUGCAGAGCAGCAAUUCUUGUACGGUAACAAUGUACUGAAGUCGGGAAUGAAUCGAAUGACAGAAGGUGCUGAAUCCCACCAAGGAGUUGUAGUAUAUAAUAUGAACGAUUUACCACUUGGAUUUGGAGUUACAGCAAAGAGUACUGCAGAAUGUAAACGUGCUGAUCUAACAUCUGUUGUUGUACUACACCAGGCGGAUCUCGGAGAGUAUAUUCGUAACGAAGCUAUGUUGACUUAA